UAGGGCUGUGUGCGGAGAGGAGGUGACGUGAAGCGCAACAGGUUAGCGGAGGACUGGUUGGGAGGAACCCGGAGCUCCAUCUGGUGGGUGACAGAAACUGGAAGGGGGCGCCACUUGCACUUCGCAGUGGUGGGACCAGAACUCCGAACUGUGAGAGCGGCGCGGCAGCUGGAGCGCCUGGCUGUCGGGAUUCCUCAAUUUAGGGAGCGACUCGCGAGAUGGCAGCGUUUGAAGAUGGGUUACAACUGCCUAGACUUCCCGAGCUGUUCGAAACCAGCAAACAGCUUCUGGAGGAAGUAGAAGUAGCGAAUGAACCCAUCGGCUCCAGGAUAAUCCAGGAUAAAGUGUUCAAGGGACUGGACCUACUUGAGAAGGCUGCUGAAAUGUUAUCGCAGCUCGAUUUGUUCAGCCGAAAUGAAGAUUUAGAAGAAAUUGCUUCCAUCGACCUGAAGUACCUGAUGGUGCCAGCGUUUCAAGGAGCCCUCACCAUGAAACAAGUCGACCCCAGCAAGCGUCUAGAUCAUUUGCAGCAGGCUCGAGAACAUUUUAUAAACUACUUAACUCAGUGCCAUUAUUAUCAUGUGGCAGAGUUUCAGCUGCCCAAAACCAAGAACAACACAGCUGAAAAUAACACUGCUAGUUCCUCGGUGGCCUGUGCUAACCUCAUUGCAAUUGCAUCUCAAAGACAGGCUAAAAUAGAGAGAUACAGGCAGAAGAAAGAAGUGGAGCAUAGAUUGUCUGCACUGAAAUCUGCAGUGGAAAGUGGUCAAGCAGAUGAUGAGCAAGUUCGUGAAUUUUACCUCCUUCACCUUCAGAGGUGGAUUGGAAUCAGUUUAGAAGAGAUUGAGAGCAUUGACCAGGAAAUAAAGAUCCUGAGGGAAAGAGUCUCUUUAAGAGAGGCAUCAACUUCUCACUCAUCUCUUCAGGACAGACCUCCAAUGAAGCCCUUCAUACUCACUCGGAACAAGGCCCAAGCCAAAGUAUUUGGAGCUGGUUAUCCAAGUCUGGCAACUAUGACAGUGAGUGACUGGUAUGAGCAACAUCGGAAAUAUGGAGCAUUACCAGACCAGGGAAUAGCCAAGACAACAUCAGUUGAUUUUAAAAGAGUGGCUCAGCAACAGGAAGAUGAAGAAAAGGAGAAAGAAGAAGAUGAGAAGGAACUCCACAGAGCACGGGAGUGGGAUGACUGGAAGGACACUCAUCCGAGGGGCUAUGGCAACCGACAGAACAUGGGGUAAUCUUCCCACAAUGACAGGAUUCUAAGGUAUAAACCUUUCCUGCCAAGGAAACUGCCACCUUGCCCUCCCUGGCUUCUGCUUCAGCUAUGUACAACAAAGGUAGAGAUGCUGACUCUUGCUUUGCGUUCAAUAAAGCGUGAAACAAUUAAGUGUGUAUUUGUACCCUAGAUAAUAACCAGUAAUCUUGUCUUCGCAUUACUAAUUCUCCUCAUGGUGUAUUCUGAUUUCCUAAGUGGACAGAAAAGUACCCUGAGAAAUGGCUCUGUAUAAUCAAUGGUGUAUGAAUUCUCUUUAAAAUGAAAUAAUAAAACCUCUUCUAUUCCAUGAGUCUGUGCAGAAA